CUCCUUCCCUUCCUUCUCCGUGCUCUUUAGGAGGGACAAUCUACACAGUCCACUUGUUGCCACCAGCAGAUCACAUCAGCUCAGUGAGGGACGGAUCAAAGGGCGUCAAUGAGCAGUGAAUGGUGAGACGCAGUUCCUGAGCCACUGACGGUCCGCCCUUUCGUCGGGUCAGGAUGAAGUCAUGUUGGGGAGUGAGAGACAGGGGGUGGCGAGGCAUAGCUGCAGUGUUCAGGGCGGCUGUGGGACUGGGGAUGCUACGACUCACCACGGCCCAGGCGGUCGGGUCUCCGGCUGAAUGCUCAGCAGAUAACAUCUUGCAAAGCGCAGUCAAUCAUAACUACUCUGACGUGGUUGAGUUGGCGCCGAGUGGUGCCAACUUCAUGGCUAGUGUGGUCCAUUCGUUCCUCGCUUGUGUCCAGCCCAGUCCCUUUCCUGAAGAUCUGAUCCUGACCGCCGUUAAAAAUGGGAGCAAAGUGCUGUCGAAUCAGGAGUUCAUCCAACAAGUGUUGAAAUAUGAGGCGGGCUUCCUGGUGUGCGCAGCUAUCGGCAUAGUCUACAUCAUUCUGAUGCCUAUAAUAUUCAUAUUUUUGGUGUGCUGCAAUUGUGGCAACAAUACGCACCCAAAGGACACUCAUGACCUCCGGCGUCCCAGAACAAUCUACUACUGCAGCGUCCUCGUCAUCACAAUCUUUUUAUUUGCCGGGAACAUCUGCAUGUUCAACAGCAACCAGAUACUUAAAGCUAGUGUGUACCAGAGCCAGGCAAAGCUUGAGAAAACCAUGGAAAACGUCAACAACUUCACCACUGCAAUACCUAAGGAUGCCCAGUACAUUUUCGAGGAAGGCAACAGGAUUAUAGAAAACUUUGAAAACCAAAUAGAUGAUUUUGGCAACAAGUUUGGUCAGCAGAUCUGGGAUCGCGUAAAAAAAAACGAGCUGGAAGAUGUAAUGAAGUCAGUCAGAGUUCUGGAUGAAGAGAUGAAGAAUAUGCAAAGUCAGCAGAAAAGCCUGAACAAGCUGCAAAGCAGCAUGGAGAAGCUCCAGAAAGACACGCAAGAAGCCGCACAAAAUAUCCAGACAACACUUUCAGACCCAGCGUGUCAAAACUGCAAUGAGCUGGAAAAGAUAGUGAAUGUGAUCAACACCGACAUCCCUAUUCUCCCUUCCACUGAAGAUUUCCAGUCUUUAUUGGGUCAAGAUAUGGACUUGAACUCAAAAAUUGAUGAGAUGGAGAGCACAAUCCAGAACGAAAUCAGCACCGGGAGUGCAGACAAGCUAACGGCCCUCAAGCAGCCAGUGAGUCAGGUCAAAAACAAGGUGUCCGAGUUAAAAAAACAGAUUAUUCCCAAGCUAGAGCAGUUUACUCAAGCUCUUCCUUUGGAUAAGAUGGAGCAAAUGAUCAGCUGGUUCAUGGGGCUGUUAAAGAGAGCAGAGGAUAUCAGAUGGGGAGUAUCUCUAAUCCUGUGCUUACUGGUGUCCCUGCUGAUCUUGUCUAACAUCCUGGCUCUCGUCCUGGGCCCUCUUGGUCUGAAACAGAAGGUGGAUCCAUUGGAGCGUUCUUGCAUGGCUCACAGUGCCGGAAAAAUCCUUAUUAUAAGCGCCAAUAUCAACUUCAUCUUUUCCUGGCUGCUCAUGGUGGUGUCGCUGCUGCUCUUCCUAAUUGGAGGCCACGUUUACACUCUGGUGUGUCGGCCAUGGAGCAAUGGGGAGCUCGGGAACUUCAUUCAAACUCCAGGUUUAAUUCCAGGCUUGAAUUCGAGUAACAUCAUGGGACGCAACAUCACUCUCGCUGGUAUUUACAGAGACUGCGAGGAGAACAAGCCCGUGUGGCAAACGUUCCACUUAGACCAGGACUACAACAUUACCAAGAUGCUCGACAUUGAUGUGUAUAUUAAGAAAAUCGAGGAGAAGUUUGACAACAUACCGGCUCCAACAAUUCCAAAUUUUGAUGUCAUUACGGUUUUACUCCGUCAGUUCUCGACAAUACCAGAUAUGGACCUUGAAAGCAACAUGCAGCAGAUGAGUGACGUCAUGGGCACCCUGAGCAACCAACUGGCAAGCACAGCUGAUUUAAUUGAUGCACUGACUCCUUAUCAAGGCCCAGAAAUAAAAAGCCAGCUCCAGAACCACGCCAAAGUGCUGAGGGGGAUUCAGAGCAGAAUUGAGAACAUCAUCAUCCCACAAAUAAACGAAGCAAAGUCUGCUGCGAGAGCCCUAAAAUCCAGUGUAAAGAAAGUCAAGGCUGAAGCAAAGGUUUUGGAUACUGAACUGCAAACUGUCCCAACUACUCUCAGUACAAAAAUGGUAGCUGUCAUUAAGGAAGAGACUAUAACGUUUUUGAACUGCCAGCUGAGUCCCUUCAGAGAAUUUGUAAAAAAGGCCAAAACAAUGUUGACCGAGGAGUUGGGCCGCUGUGGGUCCAUUGCUGGGGUUGUGGACUCCGUGGAGAGCAUCCUGUGUGCGGACGUCACGGAGUCUCUGAAUGCCUUCUGGUUCAGUCUGGGAUGGUGUUUAGCCUUCUCCAUCCUCGGCGUCUUUUUGGCCAGGAAACUAUCAACGUACUACAAGAGAAUCAACUACUCUUCUAAUGUCAUCAAUACGUACGAGAGCAAAAGUACAGCUCCAGCCCAGUCAGGUUGGCCAGAAACAGGACCCCCAGAACCGGGCCCACAGAUUCGCCCGGCAGGCCAGCGGCAAGACGUAGACAGACGGACCCUGCAGAGGACGAGACUCGGGACAAGCCGGCGACAGCCAGCUCCAAAGCUAGCGAAAGAUGCCCCGCCCCGCCCCGAGGGGCCCAGAUAUUCUCUGCAGCUGGACGGAAAGACCGUUCCACCCCACAAGCCCAACAAAGUCACUACCCCAAGAGCUAGCCGCCAUGCGACACCACAGAAUACCAUGCAACGCACCAAAGUGACACGAUAGAGGCAGGGACGAGACCCAGCAGGCCCCAACCAAGAUGGGCGUCCAGAAGGGGGGCGGGACCCAGGGUCCACAGUCACGCAGUCCAGCUGCAGUAGCCUGACACUGCAACCCCAGUGAAGCAAGCAGGCCCCAGGAGCGCCCCGGAAAAAUAAAUAAAUAACAUAUAUACAGUAUAUAUAUACAUAUAUAUACACACAUAUACAGGUGCUGGUCAUAUUAUUAGAAUAUCAUGAAAAAGUUGAUUUAUUUCAUUAAUUCCAUUUAGAAAGUCAAACUUGUAGAAUGUAUACAUUCAUUCCAAACAGACUGAUACAUUUCAAGUGUUUUUUUGCCAAAAAAAGAGAUGAUUAUAGCUGACAACCAAUGAAAAACCCUGAAUUCAACAUCUCAGAAAAUUAGAAUAUGGUGAAAAGGUCAGAUAUUGAAGACACCUGGUGCCACACUCUAAUUAGCUAACUAACUCAAAACACCUGGAAAAGCCUUUAAAUGGUCUCUUGUUUUGAUUCUGUAUGACACACAAUCAUGGGGAAGACUGCUGACUUGACAACUGUCCAAAAGAUGACCAUUGAUACUUUAAAGAAGGAGGGCAAGACACAAAAGGUCAUUGCCAAAGAGGUUGGAUGUUCCCAGAGCUCUGUGUCCAAGCACAUUACUAGAGAGGCGAAGGGAAGACAAAGAUGUGGUAGAAAAAAGUGUACAAGCAAGAGGGAUAACCGCGCCCUGGAGAGGAUUGUCAAACAAAACCCAUUCACAAAUGUGGGGGAGAUCCACAAAGAGUGGACUGCAGCUGGAGUCAGUGCUUCAAGAACCACCACGCACCGACGUAUGCAAGAUAUGGGCUUCAGCUGUCGCAUUCCUUGUGUAAAGCCAGUCUUGAAUAAGAGACAACGUCAAAAGCGUCUCGCCUGGGCUCAAGACAAAAAGGACUGGACUGCUGCUGAGUGGUCCAAAGUUAUGUUUUCAGAUGAAAGUAAAUUUUGUAUCUCCAGAGUCGGGAGGAAGACAGGAGAGGCACAGAAUCCACGUUCCCUGAAGUCCAGUGUCAAAUUUCCACAAUGGGUAAUAGUCUGGGGUGCCAUGUCAUCUGCUGGUGUUGGUCCACUGUGUUUCCUGAGGUCUAGGGUCAAUGCAGCAGUCUACCAGGAAGUUUUAGAACACUUUAUGCUGCCAAUUUUAUGGAGGUGAAGAUUUCAUUCUCCAACCUGACUUGGCACCUGCACACAGUGCCAAAUCUACCAGUACCAGGUAUCCUGGACCAUGGUAUCCCUGUUCUUGAUUGGCCUGCAAACUCACCUGACCUUAACCCCAUAGACUACCUAUGGGGUAUUGUAAAGCGGAAGAUGCGAGAUGCCAGACCCAACAAUGCUGAAGAGCUGAAGGCUACUAUUAAAGCAACCUGGGCUCUCAUAACACCUGAGGAGUGCCACAGACUGGUGGACUCCAUGCCACAGACUGUUGGACUCCAUGCCACAGACUGGUGGACUCCAUGCCACAGACUGGUGGACUCCAUGCCACAGACUGGUGGACUCCAUGCCACAGACUGCUGGACUCCAUGCCACAGACUGGUGGACUCCAUGCCACAGACUGGUGGACUCCAUGCCACAGACUGGUGGACUCCAUGCCACAGACUAGACUGGUGGACUCCAUGCAACAGACUGGUGGACUCCAUGCCACAGACUGGUGGACUCCAUGCCACAGACUGGUGGACUCCAUGCAACAGACUGGUGGACUCCAUGCCACAGACUGGUGGACUCCAUGCCACAGACUGGUGGACUCCAUGCCACAGACUGGUGGACUCCAUGCCACAGACUGGUGGACUCCAUGCCACAGACUGGUGGACUCCAUGCCACAGACUGGUGGACUCCAUGCCACAGACUGCUGGACUCCAUGCCACAGACUGGUGGACUCCAUGCCACAGACUGGUGGACUCCAUGCCACAGACUGGUGGACUCCAUGCCACAGACUGGUGGACUCCAUGCCACAGACUGGUGGACUCCAUGCCACAGACUGGUGGACUCCAUGCCACAGACUGGUGGACUCCAUGCAACAGACUGGUGGACUCCAUGCAACAGACUGGUGGACUCCAUGCCACAGACUGGUGGACUCCAUGCCACAGACUGCUGGACUCCAUGCCACAGACUGCUGGACUCCAUGCCACAGACUUGUGGACUCCAUGCCACAGACUGCUGGACUCCAUGCCACAGACUGGUGGACUCCAUGCCACAGACUGGUGGACUCCAUGCCACAGACUGGUGGACUCCAUGCCACAGACUGGUGGACUCCAUGCCACAGACUGCUGGACUCCAUGCCACAGACUGCUGGACUCCAUGCCACAGACUGCUGGACUCCAUGCCACAGACUGCUGGAAUCCAUGCCACAGACUGGUGGACUCCAUGCCACAGACUGCUGGACUCCAUGCCACAGACUGGUGGACUCCAUGCCACAGACUGGUGGACUCCAUGCCACAGACUGCUGGACUCCAUGCCACAGACUGGUGGACUCCAUGCCACAGACUGGUGGACUCCAUGCCACAGACUGCUGGACUCCAUGCCACAGACUGGUGGACUCCAUGCCACAGACUGGUGGACUCCAUGCCACAGACUGGUGGACUCCAUGCCACAGACUGGUCGACUUUAUACCACGCCGUAUUGCUGCAGCAAUUCAGGCAAAAGGAGCUGCAACUUAAGUAUUGAUUGCUGUACAUGCUGAAACUUUCCAUGUUCAUACUUUUCAGUUGGCCCACAUUUCUAAAAAAUAUUUUUUGGUACUAGUCGGAACUUAAAUUCUAAUUUUCUGAGAUACUGAAUUUGGGAUUUUCAGUAAUUGUUAGUACUAAUCAUCAACAUUUAAAGAAAUAAACAUUUCAAAUACAUCACUAUGUGUGUAAUGAAUUGAUAUAAUAUGUAAGUUUCACGUUCUGAAUAUAAUUACUGAAAUAAAUCAACUUUUUCAUGAUAUUCUAAUAAUAUGAACCACCUGUAUGUUACAUAUACAGUUGUGGUCAAAAGUUUACGUACACUUGUAAAGAACAUAAUGUCAUGGCUACAGUAUCUUGACUUUCUAAUAAUUUAUACAACUCUUAUUUCUUUGUGAUGACGAGUGAUUGGAACACAUACUUGUUUGUCACAAAAAAUAUUCAUGAAGUUUGGUUAGUUUAUGAAUUUAUUAUGAGUCUACUGAAAAUGUACCAAAACUGCUGGGUCAAAAGUAUACAUACAGCAAUGUUAAUAUUUGGUUACAUGUCCCUUGGCAAGUUUUACUGCAAUAAGGUGCUUUUGGUAGCCAUCCACAAGCUUCUGGUUGAAUUUUUGACCACAUUUCUUGACAGAAUUGUUGGGUUUCUGCAAUGGACUUGUUUCUUCAGCAUUGUCCACACGUUUAAGUCAAAACUUUGGGAAGGCCAUUCUGAAACCUUAAUUCUAGCCUGAUUUAGCAUCACAUUGACAAAUAUAAGACCUUCUGGAGGAAAGUUCUGUGGUCACAUGAAACAAAAAUUGAGCUGUUUGGCCACAAUACCCAGCAAUUAUGUUUGGAGGAGAAAAAGGUGAGGCCUUUAUUCCCAGGAACACAAUACCUACCGUCAAGCACUGUGGUGGUAGUAUUAUGCUCUGGGUCUGUUUUGCUCCCAAUGGAACUGGUGCUUUACAGAGAGUAAAUGGGACAAUGAAAAAGGAGGAUUACCUCUAAAUUCUUCAUGACAAAUUAAAAUCAUCAGCCCGGAGGUUGGGUCUUUGGUGCAGUUGGGUGUUCCAACAGGACAAUGACCUCAAACACAUGUCAAAAGUAGUAGAGGAAUGGCUAAAUCAGGCUAGAAUUAAGGUUUUAAAACGGCCUUGCGUUUAUUUUCUUUCAUUUCACAUUGUUGUCUGUGAAACACUUUGAAUCUGCCGUGUGUAUGAAAAGUGCUGUACAAAUAAAGUUGCCUUGCCUUCCCAA